AUGCCCCAGGCCGAGGAGCGGCUCCUGAAGAAGGUGCGGAGAAAGAUCCGGAACAAGCAGUCGGCGCAGGACAGCCGGCGCAGGAAGAAGGAAUACCUGGACGAGCUGGAGAGCAGGGCGGCCGCAUGCUCGGCGCUGAACCAGGAGCUGCGGAAAAAGGUCCAGGAGCUGGAGACGAGUAACGGGUCUCUCCUGCGGCAGCUCCAGGCGCUCAUCAAGGAAACGUCCAGCAAGCCCGCGCAGACCGGCACCUGUGUCCUGAUCCUGCUCCUGUCCCUGGGGCUGAUCCUGCUCCCCAGCUCCAGCCCGUUCCGCCAGGGCGGCAGCCGGGACGGCCUCGGACCCACCGGAGUGAUCUCCAGGAACAUCCUGACCCUGGCGCGGCGGGAGCCGGGGCCGGCCGGAGAAUCCCGGUUCCCGUUCCCGCGGUGGAUGUCAGGGCCGGCCGGAGAAUCCCGGUUCCCGUUCCCGCGGUGGAUGUCGGGGCCGGAGCCGGGAUCCCGUGUGGAGGACGGAGCCCGGGCGGGGCCUGGGGAUGGGAUUCCCACCCCCCAGGGGGAUCCAGGCUCCAAUUCCUCCCGGCAGGACACGGGGACAGGGACGUGGGGACAUGGGGAGGAGAUGUGACUGGGAGGCCUCAGGAACGGGGAACGCUCCAGAAUAAACCCACACUCU